UCCAGGACUCUCCUCUAUUGCCAGCGUAGACGUGUUCCAAGAGCUGAGUCGAGGUGCCUCGGACAGGCGGAGCCCGCGACCCACUCCCCUCUGUAUCCCGCCCUAUCCCUGCCCCUCUGGAACAAGAGGUCAAUCGGAAGCCACUGGUGAGUGAUGAGAAGAGGACCCUGGUGUCCUGGCAGUGGGCGCCUAGGGGAAUUGGAAAUGGGUGUCUAGAGAGGUGCAUCAGGGGACGUACGUGGCUCUGAGACCCUUGCCACCUGCCUCCCCUCGCACUCAUGGCCAAGCUGGUGGUCCUCGCCACCCUGGCCUCAUUGGCGCUGCUUUGAGAGUCGCUUCAAAGUAGGGCUCCAGAGCUCGGAGCAGCAUGGGUACCGAGAAGGAAGAGCCCGACUGUCAAAAACAGUUCCAGGCAGCAGUCAGCGUCAUUCAGAACCUGCCUAAGAAUGGCUCUUACCGCCCCUCCUAUGAAGAGAUGCUGCGAUUCUACAGCUACUACAAGCAGGCUACCAUGGGGCCCUGCCUGGUCCCCCGGCCUGGGUUCUGGGACCCCAUUGGACGUUACAAGUGGGAUGCCUGGAACAGACUGGGCAAGAUGAGCAGGGAGGAAGCCAUGUCUGCCUACAUCUCUGAGAUGAAGCUGGUGGCACAGAAGGUGAUCGACACAGUGCCCCUGGGCGAGGUGGCAGUGGAUUUGUUUGCUUAUUUCGAGCCCCUGUACCAGGUGAUCCCUGACAUGCCGAGGCCCCCAGAAACCUUCUUGAGAAGGGUCACAGGUUGGAAGGAGCCGGUGGUGCCGAGAGAGGAUCAGGCGGCUCCAGAGCCUUCUUGUGUCCCCAAGGAGCCAGUGCCUCCAAGUCCAGAGUCCCGGCUACCCAGAGACCCGGACCUGGAGGUUUUCUGUGACUCCGUGGAACAGCUAGAGCCAGAGUUGGUGAGACUGCCUGUCUUGUCCCCUGUUGCUGCUGAGCCUGAGUUGUGCCACCUCCCCCCUGGGACCUGGGACUCCUCGGCUCAGCAGGUUUGGUCGGAGCAGAAGGAAGCAGCUGGCAGAGAGUUGACCACCAGGAGCAGCCCCGAGUCCCCUGGGGAGAAGGAGGGGUUGGGAGGCGGCCUGAUAGGCCCACAGGAGUUGGACACAUGGCUGGUGGGGACAGUCCGGGCCAUGCAGGAAAGCAUGAAGGACGUUCACAGGAGACUACAGAGCCUGGAGAGCAAGCCCCAGCCACUCAAGCAGAGGUCGCCCAGGACUCGGCCUUGGCCCCUAGGGCUCUCCGUUCCCACGCUGCUCUUCUUUAUCCUGUGGCCCUUCGUUGUCCAGUGGCUCUUCCGACAGUUUCGGACCCAGAAGAGGUGACUCAAGGACGGGGUCUCUCUAGCAACUGAGAAGACUAUGAGGAGUCCCCGAAAGGUCCUGCUGUGCCCUGAGCCUCCCUGGGUUUAGAAAAACAACUUCAGAAAUUCCUCCUCCCAUCCUCGUAAACCCUGGCACUCCCUCCUUUAAUGGGGGCUCCCAUAAGACCCAUCUUUCCCUGCAGCUCACACCUACGCCCCAAAAGCAGUUCCCAAAGCAGUCAUGGUGCACAUCCUAACUUUGGGGUUGGCGGUGAGCCGGCCCCACCCUCUGGGUCACCUGACUUUGCUCCCGACGACUCGGCUCCCUGCCGAGGCUCAGCUCUUGGGCAAGUUGGGACUCGGACCUGGCCUGAAGACUGAUUGGCUGGAAGGUUGGUUGCAGGAAAGACCGGAGCCCGCAGGAGUGGGGAGGGAUGGGAGGAGUGUGUACGCUGGGGGCUGGGAUGCCCUGUACACACGCACAAGUACACAUCGCGCUCAGGACUUCACUGAAGAUUCACGUGCAAUUGAACGCUUCAUUAAACAAAAGAAAACCUCA